AUGGGCAAAACAUCUACAAAGUCUCGCUUCAACCUGCCUGGUCGGUAUGCAUGGUCUGUUGCUGAAUUGACAGGCCCAAUCAACUUGAUCUAUAUCCUCUUGACACUACCAUCAAAGAUGUACCCUUCCCCUCAUGCUUCUACAGGCUUCCUCGGGACCGGCCUUCCAGCUCAGAAUGAGAUACUGGCGUGCCUAUUUCUCCUUCACUACGUGAACCGUGCAAUUGUCAGCCCCUUGUACCUUGCCCCGAGCAUGUCGCCAAUUCACCCGAUCAUCUCGGCUCUUAUGAUCAUAUUUCAAUUCACGAAUUCCAGCAAUAUCGCCUGUUGGCUUGUCUACUCUUUAUUGACGAUGGAUACGGAAGAUCGCCCUCUCAUUUCCUUUGGUUCGGUCAUUGGAAUUAGUAUAUUCCUCGCAGGGCUGGCUGGAAACAUCCGAGCAGAGACGUCUCUAUUUGAUCUACGAGGAGGAGCAGCCAAACGGAAAGCGAAGUCGGAAGGGAAAGCCCAGAUAACCUAUGACAAGGUGUAUGUGAUUCCUCCAGCAGAAGGGGCUUUCAAGCACAUUUUGUAUCCCCAUUAUGUUCUUGAAUGGAUCGAAUGGACAGGGUAUUGGAUUCUCGGAGGAGCCUGGGGUCUUGGUUGGGGGUAUCAGAGCCCGGCCUUGUGGUUUGUGAUUGUGGAGGUCGCAACAAUGCUCCCGCGAGCGGUAUCAGGACGUCAGUGGUAUGAACAGAAGUUUGGCAAACGAGCUGUGGGAGGCAGAGCAGGAGCUAUUCCUGGCCUGUUAUGA